CCGGCAACACGGUUAGUAUCGAGAAUACAUUGGAUCGUGGUAAAGGUGUCGCGCUCGACGUCGGUAAUAAAAAAUAAUAAAAAAAUAUUUUUAAAACAAAAUAAAUACAAAUCGGGAACUCGUGAUUUUGUGCCACCUCGUUUGUUUUUUGAGUGACUUUGUACAUUAGGUUUAUGUUUAUUGACGCUUAAAUAAAAACUAAACGUUAAAAUAACUAAAAUGGCUGAGUUAUAAUGCUGCAGUCGUGGUUCUUUCAGUGUGCGGUGUGUGUGUGUACCAGUGGAUUAUAAGAGUUCGUCAAAAUUGCGAAUGCCUUUAUGUGCAUACCAAAUUCUUAAAAUAAGCAAAGGCGUCGUCGACGACGACUACGUUCACCCGCUACCGACCGGCGUUCGAUCACUGCUGCAGUUCAUUGAUCAUUUAUCAUUCUAAAUUAUACGCUACCUAGGAAUAUGAUUUCUGAUAUGGUAAUAAUAUGAUGAUGCGAGGGGCCGUCGACCAUAUAAUAUAACAAGCACGAUCUCGCUGCCGUCGCCCCGACUGCAUUAUUGCAGGGGCCCGCGCUGCAGCACGAUGUACCGGUCGAACUUUUACGAGAGCACGUGCCUGCGAUGCUACCAGACGGUGUACCAGGUGGACCGGGUGGGCCCGCUCAAGGAUUUCACGUUCUUCCACAGCGGAUGCUUCAAGUGCGUUGUGUGCGGUACGAAGCUGACGCUGAAGACGUACUACAACAAUCAGCACCGGCAGGAGGACAAGGAGGUGUACUGUUCCAGCCACGUGCCGAAAAUCGGGCCGGGCCACCUAGACGGCACGUCGGUGGGCAUCAGGAGCGCACUCAACGUGCCCAAGUCGACGACGUACGUCAACGACCAGAUACGCGGCAGCGGCAAAGGCACGUUCGACGCCGAGGCGCUCAACAUCAAGCAGCACCUCAACGGCUCGACGCCCAACAACCGCGCGCAGUCACCGCUACCGACGCCGUACAUCGGCUCAUCCACCCCGGACACCGGUUACCAGUACGGCCGGUUCGACGCUUCGGCGUUGCACAUUGCCCACGCGCUCCGCGCCACCGAACUCCACAAAUCGUACCCGAACAAGAAUGGCGUCCGGGAGAAACCCAUACACUGUUAUUUGGAUAAAGACGUACAGACUAGGUUAGAAAUGAAACAUCGCAAAGAAGAAGACGAUUUGUACAGGAAGUUCGCGAAGCAACGGGAAGCCGAAGACAAUCGUAUAAAGGAAGAGAUAAACAACGAAUGGGAAAAAGAAUUGGAAAGGCUAACCAUCCGCUUUGAGAAGGAACUUCAAACGAAAAGAAAACGGCCGGAUGAACAAAAAGUUCUCACGUUAAAGUUACAACAAGAACGAGACAAUCUUGAAAAGAAUAUGACACUAAGGAGGGACAAAAAGAAAGAGUCCUUAACUAAAAAACUCUUGGAACAUGAGAGGGCUGCCACCGCGGCUCUGGUGGAGAAGCAGAGCAGCGAAAUGUUGGAGCUGAUCAACGAGAAGCGCAGCGAGUACAUGAUGGCCGAAUCGCUGUAUCUGGACGACUCGACGAUACCGGACGAGACGGCCGAGGCGCUCAACGACAACGUGCAACCGUAUCCGGGCAAGGCGCCGCUGCCGCCGUCGCCGCACGGCGUGGCCCAAGCAAAGUUCCAGCUGUACUCGGACCCGCUGGAGUUUGCGCACAUCGACCAGAUCGCCAUUUCGGUAGCACAAGAAGACCAAAAAACCUUUACAGAUUUAGUAAGGAUGUUGGUGGGAAAAUGCGGUUCGGACAUUGAAAAAGCCAGGACGAUUUUCCGAUGGAUUACUGUCAAAAACUUGAAUACAAUGAAUUUCGAUGACAAUCUGAGGGGUGACACGCCAAUGGGCCUACUCAGAGGUAUUAAACACGGAACUGAAAGUUACCACGUACUAUUCAAACGAUUAUGCAGCUAUGCUGGUUUACACUGCGUCGUCAUCAAGGGUUACUCGAAGUCAGCCGGAUACCAACCAGGUGUUCAUUUCGAAGACAGUCGAUUCCGAAACUCGUGGAAUGCCGUCUACGUAGCCGGCGCAUGGCGGUUCGUGCAAUGCAAUUGGGGUGCACGGCAUCUAGUCAACGCCAAAGAAGUGCCCAAAGUGGGAGCCAAAGGGAAAUCCGACAGUCUAAGGUAUGAAUACGACGACCAUUACUUCCUAACGGAUCCACGCGAGUUCAUCUAUGAGUUUUUCCCACUGCAACCCGAAUGGCAGUUACUCAAAAACCCUAUCACUCAACGAGAUUUUGAGGAUUUACCAUUCGUCCGGUCUCUGUUCUUUAGAUACGGCCUCUACUUCCCAGAUUCCAACACAAAAGCUGUCAUGUAUACGGACGCAACAGGAGCCGCUACGGUGAGAAUAGCGAUACCGACCAACAUGCAAUCCAACCUGAUAUUCCACUACAAUUUGAAAUUCUACGAAAGCGAAGGGGACACGUACGACGGAGUGAGCUUGAAGCGUUUCGUCAUGCAGUCUGUCCUGGGCAAUAUCGUGUCGUUCCGAGUGCACGCUCCCAACAGCGGCGCUUUCCUGUUGGACAUAUUCGCCAAUUCGGUGACGCCCAAAGAGUAUCUGACCGGAGAGCCGAUGAAGUUUAAGAGCGUUUGCAAGUUCAAAAUCAUCUGUGAAGAAUUGCAAACCGUCAUGGUGCCGUUGCCGGACUGCGCCAGCGGCGAAUGGGGUCCUACAAAAGCCACGCGACUCUUUGGCCUUAUACCCAUAUCACAUCAGGAUCCACUGGUGUUCGCCGGCCGGGAGCUGGAAAUCCAGUUCCGAAUGUCGAAGCCGCUGACGGAUUUCAUGGCCACGUUGCACAAAAACGGCGUGGAGGAGAAACGGCUGUCCAAGUACAUAUCGCACACGAUCGUGGACGAUUUCAUCACGUUCCUGAUCGGGUUCCCGGAAGAGGGCCAGUACGGUCUGGACGUGUACACGCGCGAGAUAUCGUCACACAAGUCGGACGAGAACGGCCACCACAACCAUCACCAGCACCAGCACCGGCUCGCCAACGGUAACGGCAUCCACGGCGAAAAACACCUGCUCACCCACUGUUGCAAAUACUUGAUAAACAGCUCGAAACGAAAUUAAUAUUACAUAUUGAUAACACGCUACAUAAUAAUAUAUAUAUAAAUAUAAAUAUCGUCGUUUCUAUAUACAUAAGCAUAAUAGUAUAUA